CUGAACGCCAUAAACUCACUGGGCGUGCAUGUUGAACUAUCGAACGAUCUGCUGGUACUAGCUUGCCAAAAGGGUCAGCACGAUAUGGCUUUAACCCUUCUAGAGAGAGGCGUGCCUGUAGACGGCAAUGAAUGGUCCUGGCAUGAGAAUUUCGAGUUCCCACUUUGGGCGGGAAAGUGGGAGUCCCUGUAUCGUGUAUCUACAGGGUCUACGGCAUUACUCUGUUCAAUCUACAGCAACAUGGAGGAUGUUACUUUGAGUAUAUUAUCCCUCGGUGCGAACACCGGUGCUGACGAUCACAAAUGGGAGCCCGCAGAUGGUCUCUGAUAUCCUCCAUCUGAUAGCCGAAAAGGUUGGGAAGAAGGCAGUAUGUUUCCCGGACCUUCUCUUGUUUAUCGUUGAGAGUAUGCCCGGGGUACCGUUUUUCAUUGAAAAGGCGGAAAUCCUUUUCAAGAACGGCUGCAGGAUGGACACGGACUUUGGCGGCGGCCUGACGUUCCUUGACUGGGCAGUCAGGAAUAGAAAGAACUACUACCUGAAAAGGGCGCUGAAGGUCGCGACGAAGUUCAACCUCGAUCGCAAGUACCUCGAUACCUUUCUCGAGGAAAUCGUUACCGACGCUGCCUAUACCGAUUUGUCGGGCAGCGAGGCGGCAGAGUCUGUGAAGAUUCUUGUGAGCAACGGCGUCAAAAUUAAACCGAAGGUCUUGAUCUCCACCGCGUUCCGUCUCGUGCACCAAAAAGCUCCUUGGCCUGGGCAAAUGCUCGACGCAUUGAUCGACAUAGGUUUCCCGCGCAAGCUGUUGCCCCAGCUUGUCACGUCCGCGCUGGAGAAAAAGGCAGACCCCGAGAUUGUCUUGACGGUUCUCGACCGCAUCAAACCUCGUCUUUGGCGCCGUCACCGCAAGUGGUUAUUUGCGGCUAUCCGAAGAGGAUACGACCAGCUCGUCGGCAGGCUCCUGGAGGAGACUUGGAGGGGAGGUAUAAACUCUGUGGCUGGUGGACGAACACUUCUCUGUAGAGCCUUGGAGGACGCCAGGAAACACUCCACCUCUCUCACUGUCACUUCGGUGCUUAUCAAGCACGAUGCCGACCCAUUCUUGCCGACAAGGCAUUGCGUCUGUCACCGCAAGAAGCAUGCGACUUCUGCUUAUGAGAUGGAACCUCUCUCGGCCUUCGAGUUGGCCGUGCACAAGGGCGCGCUUAAGGCCGCCAAAGCAAUGUGGGGAAGCAUCGUUCCGGAAGAGCGACCCGAUCCAAAGCCCUUCUUGGAAUGCCUUCCGAACAUAAGUCGGCAAUCGGAUCGAGAUGAAAUGAGGAAGUGGUUGGAAGAUCCCGUUGUAGAAGAAGAUGACUACCUAAGGUACCUACAGUAUUUGUCGGACCCCUGGCCCCAAGACGAGUUUUCAAGUUUUAAUGAAUCUGACGAGCAGAUCUAAGGUGCAAGGCGUUAUUGGAAAGAACACUCACUAUAUAUUAUUUGGACUAUUGAAUAGAUUCUUAUAUACCCUAAUUUUAAUUCCUUAUAACCUCAAUUCAAGAAUACUCUAGGUACUCUAUCGCAACAUGGAGAUUUGUCG